CACAUCCAUCCUGCGUGAAGCCCCGUGGGCCACAGAAGGCGCUAGGAAAAUCACGGAGCUGGGACCUUACCACACUCUUUCUCUCUCUCUUUCACUCUCCUCCUCCUCUUCUUCUUCCUCCUCUCUCUCCUCUCUCGAGCGACUUGUUUCUCCGCAGACGUCCUUCCCAGAAAUGCGCGUGAAGGCGAGAGAACGUCCGGCGUGUGUGUGCGUGCGUGCGUAAAGAGGCGCGACGAAGUGCUGAGCCCGUCGAGACAGGACACAGAGGGGAGGCUCCGAAAGCGGGGGAAAUACCUCGCAACACGUCGCCGAGAAAGUCAGCCAGGAGGGACCAGGUUUUUGCUUCCUUUUUUAGGGGGUCUUCAUCUCCUUUAAACGGGAAUGGCGACGCAGUGAAGAGGAAGAAUGCAUCGCUGUAUACUUCAUUGACGCACCCGAGCUGGUUCGUGUGUGUGUGCGGCAAACUCUCAAGUGCAGCCGCUCUUUACUUCAUGGAGAACAUCUUCGCUUUUUGAUUUUUAAUUCCCCAACUCCCCCCACCCCACCCCCGACACAAACACACGCACACACACACAAAAAGAAUAGUGGACUCUCGGUGGAUGCUUGAAGUUUGAAGGAGGACUUCUUGAACAUUUGCCACCCCCUCCUUCUCCUCGUUUUUAUCCACAACCGCGUCCAAAACACUCCAAGCCUACACAUCCGCACUGGUUGCAAAGCACUUGGAUGAACUUCCUGAUGAGAGAUCCAGUCAUCCAGGGCUCGAGUAUGGCAUAUCAUCCGUUUAUACCUCACCGGGGUCCGGAAUUUGCCAUGAGCGCUAUGUUGGGCCACCAGCCGCCCUUCUUCCCGGCUCUGGCGCUGCCCCCCAGCGGUUCGCUCUCGCUGCCGGGAGCCCUCGGCAAGCCGAUCAUGGAUCAGCUGAUGGGGGGAGCGGCCGACUCUGGACUGCACUUUUCCUCGCUUGGCCACCAGGCCGCCGCGGCAGCCGCAGCGGCCGCUCACCUCCGACCACUCAAGAGCCUGGAGCCCGAGGAGGAAGUGGAGGACGACCCCAAAGUGCACCUGGAAGCCAAGGAGCUUUGGGAGCUCUUCCACAAGAGGGGCACCGAGAUGGUGAUCACCAAAUCCGGAAGGCGGAUGUUCCCCCCGUUCAAAGUGAGGUGCACGGGCCUGGACAAGAAGGCCAAGUACAUUCUCUUGAUGGAUAUCGUGGCGGCGGACGACUGCAGGUACAAGUUCCACAACUCCCGCUGGAUGGUGGCAGGGAAAGCCGACCCCGAGAUGCCGAAGAGAAUGUACAUCCACCCGGACAGCCCCGCUACGGGAGAGCAGUGGAUGUCCAAGGUGGUCAAUUUCCACAAACUCAAGCUCACCAACAACAUCUCCGACAAGCAUGGAUUUGUAAGUUCUACUAAUACCAUUCUGAACUCUAUGCACAAAUAUCAACCUCGCUUUCACAUCGUGAGGGCCAACGACAUCCUCAAGUUGCCCUACAGCACCUUCAGGACUUACGUGUUCCCUGAAACCGACUUCAUUGCAGUGACCGCUUAUCAGAAUGACAAGAUAACACAGCUUAAAAUCGACCACAACCCAUUUGCCAAAGGCUUCCGUGACACUGGCAACGGUCGACGGGAAAAGAGGAAGCAGUUGGCCCUGCAGUCCAUCCGCUCCUACGAGGAGCAGCAGAAGAAGGAGAACGGGGCUUCAGACGACUCCUCCGGGGAGCAGGCCCCCUUCAAGUGCUUCGGGCAAGCUUCCUCCCCUCCCGUGUCCACCGUGGGGCCCCCACACCUGAAAGGUGCAGACUUUUGUGACAGCGACGAAGACAGUGACGACGAGAGCAAAGACGGCCACGUCAAGGACGGUCCAGACUCCAAUAAAAUCACCACCACGACAGAGGACGGCAAAGAGCACGAUGCGAGCCCCGCCAAGGGCCAUUUGUUAGGAGGUGGUGGUGGCGGCGGCGGCGAACCCCCCGGCCGAACCCGAGACGGCAGCCCGACAACUGAGCGAGGCCGGGCGGACUCUCGACAGAGCCCUAUCACCGUCAUCUCCAGCACUACUCGCUCCGGGGAGGACGUCAAGAGCCCGAGCUUGGACCCGACGAAGGAGGAAGAGUGCCGGCCGCCGGGCAAGGACGCCUUCGUGCCUUUGACUGUGCAGACAGAGGGCGCGCACAUGGGUCAUCACGGCCAUAUGGCGAACUUCGGAUUUCCCAGCGGCCUGACAGGACAGCAGUUUUUCAACCACUUGGGGGGCGCGCACCCGUUCCUGUUGCACCCAGGCCAGUUCAACAUGGGCGGCGCCUUCACAAACAUGGCAGCGGGCAUGGGGCCCCUGUUGGCCGCCGUUUCCACGGGAGGGGUGAGCACCAUGGACACCAGCAGCAUGGCGUCCUCCCCUCAGAGCCUGGCGGGGGCGCCGGGCCUGCCGUUCCAUCUGCAGCAACACGUCUUGGCCUCGCAGGGUCUGGCCAUGUCCCCCUUCGGAAGUCUGUUCCCCUACCCUUACACGUAUAUGGCGGCAGCCGCAGCAGCCUCCUCGGCAGCAGCCGCCUCGUCCUCCUCCUCGUCCUCUGUGCACCGGCAUCCCUUCCUGAACGCGGUGCGCCCUCGACUCAGGUACAACCCCUACUCGCUCCCCAUGACGGUACCGGACAGCACGCUACUCAGCACGGCCGCGGCCGCCGCCGCCUCGGCCAUGGCACCCCUGGGGGGCGACUUGAAAGGGGACGUGCUGGUCCCGGCCAGCCCGGUGUCAGCCCUCGACUCCACGUCGGAGGUGACGAGUCGCUCGGUGUCACCCAAAUUGUGCGCGGAGAAGGAAGGCGCCAAUGAGCUGCAGAGCAUCCAGCGCCUCGUCAGCGGGCUGGACUCGAACCAGGACAGGUCAAGAAGCGGAUCGCCCUAAAUAGGAGGACCCCCGCCCCUCCUCUUUUAACACACACAAUCUUUUUAUUUCUAAUUUACAUUUUUGAGGCGUCCAAAUAUCUUGAAUGAAAACGGAGGACAUUGUUCAGCAGGUUUUGAAAGGAGAGAAAAUUCAAGAGAAAAAAGAAACAAUGUUUUAGUUUCUGGAAUGCACUUUGGUUUAAUACUCAUCUGAUAUGUAUCGUUUUUUUCUUUUUAAAUUAAAAAAACAACAACACUUAACCUGUCAUUUUUUUAAUACCGUACAAGUAUUGAAACUGAAAAGUGGUCAUGGGUGAGACUUAAUCAAUUGAAGUUGCUGCUGUCUCCAAACUGCAUACACGAUGUUUUUUUUAUUAUUAUUAUUAUUGUUGUUGUUUUAUUAUUACUUCCCAGUAUGCACUCUGAAUUUACACUUUUUGAUUUCCACUACCAGUGAACAUAACCUACCUGUAAAACUGCUGUAUUUUCUUGUACAAUUGCAAUUUGAAAGAAUUGGCCGAAAGCGUUGCAUGCACGACUCUUCAUCUUCCUCAUCAUCAUCCUCCUUCUCUGAUCGUGAAUGUUCUUUAAUAAGAGAGGGAAGGAAAAUAGGUUUUUCUUUUUAAUAUAAGACGACCACAAAUUUUAAAUUGAAAUACUUGUUUAUAUUUAGUUUUUUCUUAUUCCAGAAACAACUCUGGGUAGAAAAAAAAACAGGCCCAAGCGUAAUGUUCAACAGGCAAAGGGAAGCAGAAAAUCUAAAGUAGAUAUCACAAAAAAUAAAAGUAAAUGAAAGGUAGAAUUGAGUCUACAUGUACAUAUGAGUAUAUAAAAUAUUUAUGUAUAAUUAUUUCAUAUUGUUGCGUGUAAAUAAAAAGUAGUUUGUCCUAGGGAUCUGUUGUUAAUUUAUUGUGGAUAUAACUGUGUAAUGAUAGUUUGUGGCUAUUAUCCUUCUGUUGCCAUCUACAUUUAUUACCCCCCUCUUGUCUAAAUCUUAAAAUAUGGAUUUUAUUCCUCCCUUAAUAUCCACUUAGUUACUCACACUCAUGUGCCAUUGUAUUUUUCACUUGUUGUCCGUGCGUGUGAGCGUUUGUGUGGACAUGCGUGCGUGCGUGCGUGCGUGCGUGUGUGUGUGCGUGUGUGUGUGUGUGCGUGUUUCUCUUUUCAACGAAUGAAAAAGGCGACCUUAGACACACCGCAAAAAUGGCUUGAAAACACCUCCUUUUUUUAAAUAUUAAAGGAAAAAAAUCACUUUUUUAUUAUUAGAAACGCAAAACAAAUGUUAGAGUUUGACAAAAAGUGGAUUUUUUUCUUUUACGGAAAUGUGUAAACCUGGUCGUUUAAAGUGCCGUAUAAUCUAAAAAAAUAUGAAGGUUUCUUUCUCUCAUUUUUGUUUGUUUGUGUUUCUUAAAUUGGGUUAUGUUGUAAUCGGAUAUAAAGUCUAGUUUACAACAUUGACAUUGUGUUCAUGAAAGUUUCAAUAAAACGUUGAAAUGCU